GAAUGACGUAGAAUGUCAAAAUAUUGUACAUUCCCCGGGGUCAAGGUGGGCGCAAGGCAGAGUGAUUCAGUGUGCGAACGUGCGCAGGCGUAGCGGUCGCGGUGGUGCGGUACCAGGACAUCAGGAUGUCCCCAGCAGCGUCGUUUGGCGAACGAUGGGCUCGAGACAACCUAACACGGGAAGUGUCUCCAGACGAACUAGCAGUUCUGGAUCUCAUCUUACAAACGUGUGAGGGAGAUGAAAUAGAAGCUAGUAAAAGAGCUAGGAAGUAUUAUACUGCGAGAGGACCGGGAGGGCUUACGGAUUUAUGGCAUAAGAGGCACCCCGAUGAUGAAGACAUUUUGUCUAGCUGUCAGGAUGUAUACAUAGUACCCCUUCGAGAACGCAGUGUGGGCGGCAAGCGGCUUACCUUUGUAAGACUUCCAGCACCAACUGCGCUCAAUAGGCCGCUGUCUGCUAAAGCACUGCUAGCUAGAUGGCUCAUGAUAUUAGAUAUAAGAUUGAAAGAAGACCCGACGCCCGGCGAUGAAGUAGUAAUCAUAGAUGUAUGCGAUGUGCAGCCUUCACAUAUUAAGAAUCACUUCAAAGGGACAUAUUGGAAGGAUUUCAUUUGGUGCAUGAGGGCAGCCUAUCCCUUAAAGUUUUCAGAAGUACACAUAAUAAACACACAGAAACUCAAAACGGUAUCGCUUCUACUACUCCAUAUCGGUUUGUACCCAUGGCGACGCAAGUUCAUCCACAUGCAUCCAAACAGUGAUAAAGUUAACAAUGUAACUGGAGUUGAUUACUACCCGCCUGAGGGUCUACCGUACGAGUAUGGUGGCAAGGCGGGAGUUAUGAAAGAUCUUAAUGAUGAAUGGACAAAGAAACUGCUACUCAACUCAAAAUGGCUAGAACUAGAAGAGCGCAAGUAUUACCAAACUGAACUGCAACCAGAGAAACAUCGUCGACACAGAAGCGUGAUGCGAAAUAUGCUAAGUGUUAGUUCUUACGAUAUAUCGAGAAGUCAGUCUUGUAAAUCCUUAAAUACUGACCUCGAUGAUGGAGCCUAUGGCAAUUAUAGGACUCUGAAAGUUGAUAAGACGUUUUAUGUAUAAACCUAAGUUGCUAAGUACUAUGGAGCUUUAUGGUCAAUGUUUUUCAUACUCUUUUGAAAUGAUAAGUAUACAAAAGUGAUGAUAACAACGCAAUAGCAAAUCUAAAUUGUUUAUUUCUGGAUUUGUUCGUUUUCGAACAGUGAGUCCCAAAUUAGUUCGCACUAGGCUACUAUAAAAUUUCAAUAUACAUCAAACAAAUAACCGGAACGAAAAAGCUCUGAAUGUGCAGUAAAACAAUCUAUGAUAUAAAAAUGAAUCCCAAAAUGUGUUGGUAAGCGCAUAACUCGAGAACGGCUGAACCGAUUACGUUAAUUCUUUUUUUAUAAUAUUCCUUGAAGUUCGAGGAUGGUUCUUAUAUAGAGAAAACGUAAACAUGUACCACGGGCGAAGCCGGGGCGGACCGCUAGUUGAUAAUAAAAAAGUUUGAGCACAUGUAUCUAUAUAGGAACUAUUUAAUGAUCUGUAAUACUACUAGGAUACUAAUUAUAUCGACUGCCAUUAAAGUGUUAAAAUUAUAUUCAAAAUUUUGUAUUAAAUAGAGAUAAAUACUAAAUAAUCCUAUAGUAAUAAGGAGUUGAACGUAAUAAGGAGUAAUAAGGAGGAGUUGUACUAAAUAAUCCUAUAGUAAUAAGGAGUUCGGGGUUGUAUGAAAACAAUUUUAUGAAAUAUUCUGGUAGUGACAAUCUUUAUCUUCUUUUAAUAUAUAUAAAUCUCGUGUCACAAUGUUUGUCUUCAAUGGACUCCUAAACCACAUAACCGAUUAUAAUGAAAUUCGCACAGUAUGUGCAGUUCGAUCCAACUUGAGAGAUAGGAUAGUUUAAAUUUCAAAUCGUUUAAGAGAAAGCGGGCGAAGCCGCGGGCGGUAAGCUAGUAUAUUAUAGAUUAUUGAUGAUGAUGAUGAUUAUAAUUUUAGAUUAUUAGGUUGUAAUCUAUUAACGGGUUAAAAUUUUUUAACUGAUAAUAAUUAACAUGACACGUUCGAUGUAAUUUAUAUACCUAUGUAUAAUGUUUUUAUAAUCCUAACUAAACCAGUACAACUCAGGAUCUUUAUUUAUAAUUUUUUAGGAUAUAAAUAUGCCUUACAACGUUAAAAAGAUAUUGUAACAAAUGAGGUGCUUAAAUAUUUCUAUACAUUGUAUGUAUUUGUAAAAUGAUUGUAUUAUAUUUAUUACGAUUGUGUAUAUUAUAUUCCUUUUUUUUCUACUACAAUUAA